AUGCGUGUGCUACGAGCGAGCGAAAAGAAAAAUCUCACGGCAAAAGCUUUUUCCCGCUCACUAUUUUCCAUUGCUCAACUUUGCUACCUUGCUACAUAUAUGGCGGAUUCCCAAGUAUUGCCCGAAACCCAAUUAGCAUCUGAGAUCAAUGAUCAGCCCAAACAAAAACACAUCAUCACUUUCAUGGAUGCUAAAUGGUACAAUGCUGCAGCUGAAGGCCAAAUCAACAAAUUCAAAGAUUACACAGAGCCGCUAGAUCUUUUGCCAAGGUUUUGGCGUAAAAAUAUAGUGGAAUGUCUUAUCGAUAGCAUCAAGAAUGCUCAAGAAGACAUUGAGAGAGGUGCAGAGGCGUCAACAAGUGAUCAGAUGCUGAAGACGACAAGCCCAGAUAAAGACACAGCCUUACAUGAGGCUGUGAGAAAUAAUCAUCUUGAAGUGGUGGAAAUAUUGAUUAGAAAAAAUCCUGAAUUUGCGAACAUAGCUAAUGCCGCAGGAGAAAGCCCGCUUUACCUUGCAGCGGUGAGAGAGAACAAUAUCAUUGCUUCUAAGAUAUUGGAGAUAUGUCUCUCACCGGCAUACACUGGUCCCGAUGGUAGAACAGCUUUGCACGAAGCUGUGAUAAGCGGAGAUGCAGAUUUGACAAGAAAAAUAUUGAAUAAAAACAGCAGUCUGACCAGAGAACAAGACAAAGAAGGAUGGACUCCGCUGCAUUAUGCUUCCUACUUCAAUCUUCUUCCAAUUGUGGAAAUGUUACUAGAAGAUGAUAAUAAAUCUGCUGCCUAUAUUAGCGAGAAUGAUGGAAAGACACCACUUCAUCUUGCGAUUCUCAACGGCGAUAGCCAUUUAAAGGUGGUGGAAAAAAUUAUGUCGGACUGCCCAGAUUGCUGCGACCUGGCUGACAAUAGAGGCCGGAAUGUUCUCCAUUUUGCUGUGGAAAGCGGCAGUUUGAAAGGAGUGCAAAUUAUUACUGAAAAACCUUCCCUGGCCAACCUAAUUAAUCAGAAAGAUAAAGAAGGGAACACUCCGGUCCAUCUAGUAGCUGCUCUUGGCUUUGAAGAUUGUUGUCUUACAGAACACCACCUUGUUGAUAAAAUGGCCGUCAAUAAUGAAAAUUUAACCGCUCUGGACGUGGUGCUAGAAACGAAGCGUAAAAGCAAAUUGCCAUUGCCGGGAUGGACAGCAAGCGACCUAAUGAGGGCUGGAUAUAAACGAGGUCGGCCUUUAAUCCCAGUUGAGAUCACGUGA